AAGAAAAAAAAAAACCACUGGAAUGUCUGUGGUACAGUUAUUCUUUGACUUUUAAAAGGCCUGCCUGCAGAACGUUUUGUUUUACAACCUUGUUCAGAUUAAAAUGAAGCUCAGUCACCUUUGAGUAGAAUCGUUGAGCGGUAUAGAUCAAAACAAGAUAAAACAUUAGAGAAAAGUUGGUCCACAAGGAAGAGAACAUCAAAAUGCAGGCGCGCAGACCAACAACGGAAGCCGGUUGCAACUGUGGGUAAGUAAGCGCUUCUUAUCAGUGAGAAGGGAAAUCCGAUCGAAAACGAAAGGGAAAUCUGCUGAGCGUGCUGCAUGUGACUCCGAGGGCUCAGCUUUUCGCAAAAAGCAGUAAACAAGAGUCGGAACUUGUGUGGCAGACUCAGCGUCGUCGUCGAAGUGAGCAAGUGCCAGAACGGUUGUGUGCUGAAUUAUGCACUCUAUGUACUAAGGAGGCCUUGAUCUGCUGGUUGCUGUGUGCUGCUUAGAACAAGUUGCUUCCUGUAAGAGGUGUUCAAGAUGAAAAUGCAGCCGAAAUGCCCAAGAGUCAUUGCGAAGCCCAGGACAGGGUUACACUGGCAGAGGUUUAGCCCAUUCCUCUGCAAUCUCUUCCUGGCAAUUGGCUAUAUCGCUCUGCUGUUUUAUGCCCUGGUCUGGAAAGCAGGGAAUAUUGUUGACUUUCCCACCAAAAGAAUUGGCUUCUACAACUUCUGCCUGUGGGACCAGGAAGCAGAAAAACUGAAUUGUUCCAAGAACUUGGAGAAGAUGGGCAUCAACAAGAUUGCGCUGUUGUUGUCAAGGAUCUGCGUGUAUACCACACCAGUUUUAUGCCUCUUUGUUGCCAGUACAGUUUUGCAAGCCCUGUGCUUGAAAGACAGAAAUGGAUUUAAACUGGCCUGUAUUGUUUUGGCUGUUAGCAAUUUGAUCUUGCCUGUUGGUGUUGCUUUGUUUAUCUUCCACACUGAGAAGUGGGUACGGGUGUCUGAAUUUGGUGAGGUUUUUGUAGCCCUAGGUGGGGCCCAUGUUUUGAUGUUGCUCCACUUGACCCUUUUCCUUGCACAUUUCAAAGCUACUCUUCCCAAAGGACAAUGCUUUCCUGCAUGAGUAUAUGAAGUGGGAUGAAAAGAUAAAUGAAUUCAGUGAGUUCACUGCCUUUCCAAAUCCCCAGUGAACAUAGUUAAGGCAUUGCCCUCAUUUGAAAUGAGUCCACUGAGGGAGAGAUUGUAUUCCUACCACACAAAUAUUUCUCUUAUUUGUUUGCUCCCUACUUUAUUCAGUGCUGAGGGUAGGUUUGCAUUAUUGGUGCCUUCUUAAAUCAAGUAGUCUUUUAGGUGUGAACAGUAGUUGGUUCUUUAUAUGGCAACAGCAGCUAACUGCUGCUUGGCACUAUUGAAACUUUUUUUGGUUAUCUGACCUGACAAUUCCUGCACUGUUUAGAACAAGUUAUUGAUAGAAGAUAAGCUAAUAUUACAGGUAUCCUAUGUAUCACUGGUUGACAAGUCAGUCAUUAUGGUUAUCUUUUUGUGCUGAGGUAUAGAGAAAGUAAAGCACAGCAGGAGUACUCCCACUGUUUUGCACAGACAUACAUUUUACUUAUUUUAUUCGAACCGUAACGCCAGCAAGAGUUCAUGACGAUGGGAGACCUUUGUGCUGCCUGCUGGCCAUGCUCAGCACCAGAGGAGCAGGGGCUAUUCAUCCUUGCUAAGACUACUAGUAGCAUGCUGUUCUACUACUACCAUGCUAAUGUUGCACAGGUGUUUUUUAAAGGAAAGCUAUAUAGGUUAGUUAUACAACUUUCAUAUUGAAUGAAGGUGUUUGAAAUAAUUCAUACUUUUAAGUUUAACAUGAGUAUGUAUUUUGUAACCAAAGCCAGGUGUAAGACAGGUUCAGUGAACAGGAGCCAGCACUGCAAUUUCUGGUGCUUCCCUCUUCUAAUAUGCCUGCUGAUAUUCCAGUUAUUCAUAUAGUAAAUCAGAAACAGUAUAAAGAAGUGCAAAAGUGGACAGGGCUAUUGUUUCUAGUAUGUCGGGUGGGGAUACUGCACCCCUCCAGAUAUGGUUGGACUUCCAAUUGCCAUCAGUCCCAACCGGCAUGGCUAAUGGCACAGAGAUUAUGGGAGCUAUAGUCCAGCAACUGGAGAGCUACAGACCCCCCCAACUCUGUUGCACACAAUUAUUAAAGAUGCAGGAUUCCUGACUUGUUUUGCAUUUAGUUAUGUAAACAAGACCUUUUAUUUUGCAAAGUGUAGUUGAAGAUACUUCGCAGACAUCUAGCUGCUAUUUGGCAAUAAUACUGUGGUGACCGAUAAAGGUGGUAGCAUUCUCUAAUUCUAAUUAGAGCCAUAUUACUACAAGACAGUGAGUGGGAGAUUGUUCUUUUCCUUAGGCUUCUUAAGUGUAAACAAAGCAUUUGGAAAGCCUAUCAUUUUAUACAACUGUUUCUACUUGAACAGCCAGAUAAUACUUUUUCAACUGCCUUUCUGCCAAGGCCAAGUCUGUUACUCAAAGAAGAGAUGCUGACAUUUAAAGUCUUGUCAAUCAUUUACUAGAUGUGACUUUUUGAAAAUAGUACCACGUUCCAGUAGAAGCAUUCUUUAAUGUAACAAUUCUAGAACACUUUCAACCCUCUCAAGUGCUUCACGCAAGUUAACUCGGUAAUUCUUUCUAAGACAGAUGGGGAACCUAAUGGUCUUCCAGAUGUUGUUGGACUUCCGCCAUGCCCAGCCAUGUGGACUAGGGCUAAUAGGAGUUGGUCAAACAACAUCAGGAGGGCCAACUAUUAGCCUCCCCUGCUUUACAACAGAUGAAGUUGGAACCCAAGAACAUCGAGAGAACCGACGCUUCCCCCAACCCUGCUUUAAUAACAAGAGUUGAGUUGUUACAAGACAAGUGAAAGUAAAUAUUCAUUGUGCCAAGGAACAUGGAAGGAUGUUCUUCCAACAAACACAUUUUCUCCUUGGUAAGUUUUUUUGGAAGUCCUGUUGUCCAAUCCAAAGCUGCUCUUGAGUUACUUUCAUAAGUCCAAGUUGCCACAGGCUCAAAUAAA